GUACAUGCGCAACAGAUACAGUGUUGGCAACCGCGACAACAACAUGACUGCUUGGAAGAUGAUGGGCUUAUAAUUCUGUUGUUGCCAUCACACAGGGAGGAUUUGACAGCCUACAUUACGUGCUUGUCUGAUUGUAGUUGAUAUUCGGAGUAAAUUAGUCUUGUUGAGUCCACAUCCAACUUCUGCAAGUAUUUUUGUUCAAGGUGUACCAUAAUAAAUAAGGUACUACUAGUAAAUAACCCUAUCCUCUACAAUGAGGAUAAGAAGAGUUGUGAAGACUGUGUUGAGUGUGGAGCAGGUAGAAGGUGUGGGAGCCCAUGUCCGCAGAAGCAUAGGAAGAAUGGAGCUGAUUAACCUGGAUCCUUUCUUGAUGUUGGAUGAGUUCAAAGUCAAAAAGCCAUCUGGCUUCCCUGAUCACCCCCACAGAGGCUUUGAGACCGUGACCUACGUUUUGAAAGGUGUUUCAGCUCAUGAGGAUUUCUGUGGCCACUCUGGACUACUGAAACCAGGGGAUUUACAGUGGAUGACGGCAGGCCGAGGGGUGGUCCAUGCAGAGAUGCCCGUGUCUGAGGAGCCCGUCCAGGGCCUGCAGCUGUGGGUCAACCUGAGGAGGGAGGACAAGAUGGUGGAGCCCCAGUACCAGGAGCUGAAGGACAGCCAGGUCCCCAAGCCCAGCAGGGAGGGGGUCACUGUGGCCGUCAUCUCUGGACAGGCCCUGGGGGUACAGGUAAGGAGCACCAUACUAACCAUAACCCUGGGUGUACAGGUGAGGAGCACCAUACUAACGCACCAUACUAACCAUAACCCUGGGGGUACAGGUGAGGAGCACCAUACUAACCAUAACCCUGGGUGUACAGGUCAGGAGCACCAUACUAACCAUAACCCUGGGUGUACAGGCCAGGAGCACCAUACUAACCAUAACCCUGGGUGUACAGGCCAGGAGCACCAUACUAACCAUAGCCCUGGGUGUACAGGUCAGGAGCACCAUACUAACCAUAACCCUGGGUGUACAGGCCAGGAGCACCAUACUAACCAUAACCCUGGGGGUACAGGUGAGGAGCACCAUACUAACCAUAACCCUGGGUGUACAGGUGAGGAGCACCAUACUAACCAUAACCCUGGGUGUACAGGCCAGGAGCACCAUACUAACCAUAACCCUGGGUGUACAGGUGAGGAGCACCAUACUAACCAUAACCCUGGGUGUACAGGUCAGGAGCACCAUACUAACCAUAACCCUGGGGGUACAGGUCAGGAGCACCAUACUAACGCGCCAUACUAACCAUAACCCUGGGUG